AUGUCACUGCCGCAGCUAGUACAAGGUGACAAAAAAUUGGAUAUGGAUAAAGGUGAAUCCCCGAAACAAAGUAAAAUUCACGCUUCCAUGGAAAGCUUGAAGGUGCAACAGCCAAAUAUUAACCGACGCGCCGCCGGCUCAAAUUGGCAGGCAGCAGCCGCUGGAACUGAAAACCAGCAACAAAUUCCUCCAGCUGAAGGAACCCCACCGCCGCUAACAAAAUCAGCACGUAAGCGGCUAAAGCGAAAUGCACAGCGAAAUCGGUUUGUGGCCAUGGAUUGUGAGAUGGUCGGUAUCGGACCCAACGGCCAGUUUGACAUGCUGGCCCGCGUCUCAUUGGUCAACAAGACGGGAGAGGUGCUGCUUGAUAAGUAUGUGAAGCCGCGCGAUGAAGUUACUGAUUAUCGCACUAGCGUGUCUGGAAUACGUCCACAAGAUAUUGAGAAUGGCGAGGAGUUUAAUGUCGUCCAGGAGGAGGUGAUCAAACUGCUGCAGGGCAAAAUUCUUGUGGGACAUGCCUUGCGAAAAGACUUCGAAGUUCUUCACAUUAAGCAUCCAUUUGCCAACAUACGCGACACCGCGAGCUACAAGCCGCUGUGCAAGGUAGUGUCCAAUGGACGCACACCGAGCCUGAAACGUCUCGCCCUCGCUGUACUCGGCCAGGAAAUACAGACAGGCGAACACAGCUCCGUAGAAGAUGCGCGCGCCGCCAUGGGUGUUUACAAUCGCAUUGCUGGUGAUUGGGAGAAAUAUCUUGAGAAGCGUCGCCAUAAGUAGCAUAAUGCAAGCAGUUGAUGCUUAAUCAACAAG